CGGUCCCUUGUAGACAAUCUUGUAGAACUUCGGUUCUGACUUCGGUUUUUGCAUGUGGAUCUGAUGUGGAUUUUGAUCUGAUUUUGAUACCAGCGUGUUUCAUUUAUCCCAUCAUAUAUUUAACAGUGUAUAACUCUUCGCUGACGCCAAUAAGCCAAAUAAUACAAGUUGUUGUGAUAAACCAUUAUGAAACGUGGCGGAAGGAAUGCAAGAUCGCGAGGCCGUGGCAGAGGGCAGCCGCCGAGACACAUACAACCGCUGAUGAAAGUAAAACCUUUUGAAAAUAAUGAGAUCGAAAACAUAAACAUGGAGCUUGAGCUACUGAAACAGAAAAGGGAGAUGAUUGAACAACAUCAACACAUACUCAAGAACCAGAUAAUGUAUAGUCAGAGGCAGUUUCAGAACGAUAAAUUUCGUUAUUACGAGCAAAGUUCGUACGACUCACCGGGGCCAAGUCGGUUGAAUCGGAAUUUCGCGCGUUUCUACGACGAUCCCGCCGACGAGCAGGAUUAUAUCCCGCUUAACUCGGCCAGGAAGCGGCCGGCCAACGACAGCUGGCCGCGGGGCUCGGGCGCCAAACGGUUCGGCUCUCGCGGGGGCGGCGUGGUACAGUCGUUUGGGUCCCGAUUGGGCCCCAGGCCGGCGCAAUCACAAACGAGUGCCACGCAGGCAGGCCCCAGCCGGCAACCAGCGAAUGCCCGUAAACGCGCGAGACCCGAUUCCCCCCCGCCCGUCAUCUUGCCGCAGAAAGAUCCCAAAAAUAGACCCGCGAAUAAAGACCGCGAGAAGUACACGUUACGACCGGACCGAGAACCCUCCACUGCACUCAACGGCCUGCUUGAGCUCGGUGUUGGGUUCCUCUUAAAGCAGAUGAAACAGAAGUUCGCCAACUCGCACCAAUACGGACGCACUGUGACGCGGCUUUAUUACACGCGUAGAUUGAAAAAGGCCUUGCGCAGUCGCAUAAGAAAGAUCAUCAUGAACAAGUACGUCGACAAUUAUGUCGAGAUAGUGGAUCAGUACCGCAAGAGGUUCCCAAUGAGAACCGACAAGGAGCUUGUGGAUGCGGCGUCGAAAGGCGAGAUCCGCGAGCCUCCAACCGGCGCUGAACCCGAUCCCAGUACGGAGGCACCGCGCGCAGGCAUGCCAUGUCCGAACUUCUUCAAGAAGAGAAUGCAGAGAUAUGUCGGCGCCAAAUUAAGGAAAAUGUUUAACGAAAUUCGUGAGAUGUACAAUCCACCGAUUGAAGAAUCUUGUGAAUUGGGAGGCGUGGAUACAGAAAAGCCAGUUAAUGUACCAACUAAGGAACAAGGGAAAAAGAAGAAGUGGAAAAUAGACCUUGCCGCUCUUAUACAUGAUAGAACGCGUUCUGCCAUACAAUAUUACAUACCGAUCCUCACUACAAUACUUAACAUGGACCCAGAGUACAUCUCCACCAAAGCAUCUCUGCUAGCCACGACGUUAAAGAUGGAUCCAACCGUCAGCGGUGAAGUGGUGACAGGUGAUUUGGAAGAGCCAGAAACUAUGCAAAUCUGUGAUGACCCAGAACCAACACAAUUCUUUGCGAAGGUACGCGGCCUCCCCAAUUUGCCAGACCGAGAGGUAAUGCGGCCAUUUUUGGAUUCAUUCAAACCGCAAGCAGUUAAAACGCAUAAGAAAAUGAAGAAUUUACUUAUUGUUACAUUUUGGGAUAAGGAUAGCUUUUAUAAGUUUUUAUCGCGAGAUGGCGCGAAAGUUGGUAAAUGUACUUUAGAUAUUAAAAUAAGUGGAAAAGUCAACCCAGUUCAAAGUCAGAAAAAUGAAGAAAACGAAAAUGUUGAUACAGGCACAGAUAAUCAACCAUCAGAGUCCAAUGAAAAGGAUGCUGUAGCCAUUGAACUGUCCAAUCAGAUAGUCGAUCUACUUUCAUCCAUUAGAAGGGAAGACGAACAAGCAACAAUUAAUGAAAGAAUUAGAUCUGACCCAAAAGAGGAAGAAAACGAAAAAUGUACAAAAGAAGAAAAUGGAAAGGAACCGCAAACUGAGAACAUUGUUGAAUCUUCAAAAAAUAUUAAUGAGUGUGGUGAACAAAAUGAAGUUAAUAAUCCUAAUGAUGAGCAGAAUGAACCUACUGCUGAAAAUAUUGAUGAAGCAACAGAUAAUUUACAAACUGCAAACAGUGAUAGUGCAAUUGAAGACAAUGUGAAUGUAGGGACUAAUGAUGUUACAAAAGAUUCGUCUGCGAAUGAAGAAACAAAAGAAUGAAAUCAAACUUGAUUUAAUAACCCAUGCAAACUCUGACAAGAAGCACAAAAUGAAAAUGAAACAAUUUGAUUGUCAUUUUACUAGUUUUAAUAUUGGGAUUUGCAAUGGGGUUUAAUUAUAAGAAAAUUGAUUUUGAGUAUUUUGGUUCCUGUUGAGUAUUUGAAUUUAUUUUUCCGCUUUAGGCGCCUCGACGACGUCUUCUUCCACCUGAAACAUAAUGAAUAUAAUAUAAUUAUUAUCAAAAUGAAAAUAAAUAAAAAUAUGUAUCAUUUUCUGUAUAGACUGAUAUGUGCAUUAAAACGUAUAUAUAGAAGAUAAA